CAACUCUAAAAACAGAAACAUUACGUAUUGAACAUGGCCGAUUGAAAGCAUUUCAAAAUGGGGUUUAGCAAGCAGAAACUUAAGGUGAAUUUAAAGCUGGCCAUCAACCGACUCAAGCUUCUGGAAAAGAAAAAGACGGAAUUGACACAGAAAGCAAGGAAAGAAAUCGCUGAUUAUCUCAACAAUGGGAAAGACGACAGAGCGAGAAUUAGAGUGGAGCAUAUCAUUCGAGAAGACUAUUUAGUUGAAGCAAUGGAGAUGCUAGAAUUGUUCUGUGACCUUCUGUUGGCCAGAUUCGGUUUAAUUGAGACCCAACAAUUCUGUGAUGAAGGAAUGAUCGAGGCGGUCACAACUCUAAUCUGGGCAGCACCUCGGCUUCAGUCAGAUGUUCAGGAGCUACGAGUGAUCUCUGACCAGCUGGGACUGAAGUAUGGCAAAAAGUUUGGACAUGAAGCCACAAUCAAUGCCAAUAGCACAGUGAACCAAAGACUCAUCCUGAAACUAGAUCCUCGACCACCACCAAAGACGUUAGUGGAAAAUUAUUUGAUAGAGAUUGCUCGCAGUCAUGGUGUACAGUUUGAACCUGACCCAUCAGUGAUAGGAGAAGCUCAGUUACCUCCUGAUGACGACAUCAAGCCAAGGCCACCUGGCGGAGGAUGUUCUAGUGGUGGAGGAAGUCACAUUGGGUUUGAGGGCUAUGGAGGAAGCUUUGAUGGGCCCAGUAUUCCGCCAAUGUCAGGUGGUAACAUGGGAUAUGCGUACCCUCCACCAUCACAUGGAAAUGUUCCACCCUACCCCUCUGGUCCAGCAGAUGUACCACCCAGCUACCCCUCAGCAAAAAAGCUACCCCCCUACCCUGGGGGCCCUCUGAACAACCACAAUGCUGGUCCCCCACCACCAGCUCCUCACCAGCCUCCUGCUCCCAGUGCACCACGCCCUUCAUCAGGCCCCAGUUUCCCAGACCUUCCUGCAGUACCAACAGAUUUACCAAACUUACCUGACAAUAUCCCAGGGGGAAACAGUGCAGGCGGUGAAGAUGUAGACUUUGAUGAUCUUACCAGAAGAUUCGAAGAUCUUAAGAA